AUGACUCUUUGUUUUCCCUACGAUACAGUCCUCGUCCUAGGUGCAACCUCUGGAAUUGGGCUCGCUCUCGCCGAGAAACUGGUUCUGAACGGUUCACACGUGAUAGCCGUCGGACGACGACAACAAAACUUGCAAGAGUUGCAACAAAAACACGGGAAACAGAAGGUCUCAAUCUACCAAUUUGAUGUGAAUGAGCUGGAUAAGAUCCCUGUAUUUGUGAACAACAUAAUCCUCAACUCAGGUAUCCAACGGCGCCUCGACUUUACCUCCCCAAGCACCGUCGAUCUACCCCAGACAUCCACCGAGCUAACGACAAACUAUCUCUCCCCCCUUCACUUCACCACCGCCUUCCUCCCUCACCUCCAAAGCCUCUCCAAAAGCUCCAAGAAGCCCACCAGCUUGAUCUUCACCACGUCCGGCCUGGCACUCGUGCCCAUCCUCCGAUGUCCAAAUUAUUGCGCGAGUAAGGCGGCAAUGCAUCAUCUGAUUUUAUGUUUGCGGGAGCAGCUUAGAUACGCAGAUGGAGAUGUCCGAGUUAUUGAGCUUCUGCCGCCAGCUGUGCAGACCGAGUUGCAUGAUACAAAACACCAGCCUGAUCUGAAGGACGGAGGGAGUUUUGGGAUGCCCUUGGAUGAAUUUACCGAGGAAGCGUGGAGAGGCUUGUGUGCAGGGGAGACGGAUAUUGCAGUGGGGAUCGCGAAAAUGAAUUAUGAGGGCUGGGAGAGGCAGAGGCAGGGUGUGUUCAAGACUAUGAUUGAAAAGGGGGCUGGGAAGUUUUGA